UAAAAAUCAGUCGUCGCUCGGUGGCUGGCUUCGUACGAUCUGGAGCCGUUCCGCGGUUCCGUGCGUUUUCCUCUUUUCCCCACCUCGACGACGUAUCGCGGCGUAUUCGCGGACAGCGCGGUUUCCCCUGCGUCGCGAUCUUCACGAUCCCGGCGCGUCACCGCCGGGUCCCCGGAGUCCGGAGCGAGACGCGCGAACCCCGACGACGAGACGAGCGAAUAUCAGCCUCCCCGUCGAUCGUCGAUAGAGAGAAUCCAGUCGCAGGGGCGUUGUCCUCUCCCGUCAUAUCCCGGUUGCACGUCCUUCACUUCGCCCGUCCUCGAAAGGGAGAGAGAUACGAAACGGAAAAGGAAGAGAAGAAACUAAAUCCGACUCGGGGAGUCGGGGAUGUGAACGCGUGCGUUGCGGUCAUCGGCGGCCCGGCUGAUCGAUCUCUUCUUCUCUCUCUCUCUCUUUCUUCUUUCUUGUCCACGCAUGAAAACAACGGCGAUGCGUGUACACACGACGUAGGAUCCCCCCUUUGCCUUUGCCUGCGAGAAAAACGGAUGAAUCCGCGCGCACAGCGGAUCCGGAGUUUUGAGUACCGCCGUUUGCGGGAACCGUCCGCCAGAAGUAGUUCAUCAUAGCGGUGCAGUUGUGGGAGGAUACGCCGCGUCUAACGUUUUAAAAUCGUAGACGGAUUCGUCUUGAGCUUCGUUCCGAGCGAACAAACAAACGAAUGAUUAUCGCCGUCACGCAUACGUGAUAUCGGUCUGCCCGUCACGGGAAUCGGAGCGUCACACGAUGUGUAUCUAUGCACGCCGCGCGGUAACGAACGCGCGAGGAGAAACCGAUGGGAAUCUGUCGCUGCAGGCAGAAGCCUGAGUUCGCGGCCGUACACCUGAGAGAGUACCCGAAUAUAUCCUUUUCUCAUUAUCGCUCGUCUCGCCGUUCCAGCGACAAGCAGGAAAAGCCGCUUCACUCCGCCCGACUUGUUCCCCAGCUAUGACGCGACGGAAUUUGCCGAUAUCCUGGAAUGAUAAAUGGUGGCCACCAGCAGCAUGGUAUAUGAGGAGAUAGUCGGUAUACGGGGCAGCUGACCCCAGCCACCGCGCACGCUUUUCACGCGCGAGAUGCCCCACAAUCUAAACUCAGCUUCCACCAACUCCGCCAACACGGGACCGAAUCAUCAAGCUUAUCCCCAGCAGCCGUACCACCGGGAGAAUGCAGAUGGACUUCAGCCCGAGAAAGAACCGGUGGAAUUCGACACGUCGCAUUUGCGAGGUGCUCCAACGGAGGUCGAGGCGUUGGUGCACAACAUCAAGGAGGUUGCCCAGCAAUUUCUCUAUCACUGGCGAACGUUUCCCAUCGUUCUGCCCCCACCGUUGUCCUCGUGUACGGAGGGCGAGGAUACGUUGGCCCGAAAGAAAUACCACCUGAGGGAUCUUUUCGUGGCGCCCAGCUUCGAUGAACUGGACGCUGUCGCCGUGGAUAGCAAGGGCGAGCCCAGGAGACUGACCAACAAGCAACUGGAGAGUAUCAGGGAGCGGGGCUUACACAAGGAUAAAUAUGGAAAGCCGAAGAAGCUGAAUGCCACUCAGUUGGAGAGCAUUCGAAGAUGCGGGGAGUUCGAAGUGGACUCGAUCAACUUUGCCGGGCAGACUCACCGAUGGCGAUUGAGCGGUCUCCUGCAGCGCGGCCGAGAUAGACGGCGGGACGCGUUGCUCACAGAUCUCGCCCUGGCGACUAGGUUUCUCGUUGUAACGGCAAAGGCUAGAUUAGUUUCCCAUUGCUUCAGUGUCUCGCAAUCCCUUAAAGCAUUGUUAACGGGGCUGUUACGACUUCUCGACAUUAUAAUCGGCGUGCCGUCGCUCCAGGCACACAAUCUAGAUGCUAAAAUUAGGGAGGAGCGCUGCCGGUACCUGGUGGCGGAAUUGGUCUGUAGGUCGGAAUAUGAGGAUUCUCUGGAGCUACUCUGUGGAUUUAUACGGAAGCAGCUUCGUCGGGCGACCACGGAGAAAUUCGAGGUCGAAAGAGAAUCGUCCCAGCUGUUGCCCGUUUCAGUUCCUUUCGUAUUUGGAACACCUGGUGGGGCUGCGGUUGAUCUCAGACUGUUCAGCAGGGACAUAAUCAGGAAAGCUCUGCCGACGCUCGUUGCGAUUCUGGAGAGAGAGACAAGAGGCUGGUUCCUUCACUUUAGAGAAAGACUGAUAUCUGAAUUGAGAGCACAAAAGAAACCGGACGAGGAAAUAGAACGAGAAGUUAAUGAAGCGGUGAUGCGUGAAUAUUUACAAAGAGUAUACUCGAAUAUCCUGUCGCAUCCCGACAUACUUGCGCUAGGCGAAGGUAUCGCUCAGCUGCUGGUUCAACAGGCACAGUCGGUCGUGUUGAUGCACCGAGCGGUGGAGAACAUGCAACGGAAGUUAUCGCAAACCAAAGAAUCUCUGCGACAUCGUAUCGAGAGCGAGCACCCGAUCCUGUCGCGGAUACAGCCGUGGAUGCGCGAUCGCAUGCGCGAGGCCGAGGAGAAUUUCAUCGAGGAGUGCGAAUGGAGCGCGCAUGAAGAAGCUCUCGCGCUUUGCAGCCAUCAGAAUCUCACCCAGACUGUGUACUUCCUCAAUCGUGAUUUAACUUUCAUGAAAGAGAGAGAGCCUGUUCUCCUGAAAGAACUGCGGAAGGUGAAAACCCCGACGAGGACUUACCAAUGGCCGACGCAAAUCUGGUUACCGAAGAACUGGAUAAUAAGACGUAAUUUCCAAGGCCAAUCCGAAAUCAUUCCAACCGUACUGAGCAAUACUCCGACUUCUAUCACGACGCCUCGCGCUGAUCCUAGCCAGCCUGUCUUUUUGGUUGAAAGAGAGAUUGUACACACAACUACGACAAGGUGGCCGAUGUGGCGCUGGAUAAAUUACAUCGCCAGGACGUGGUGUUGGACUUGGAAUGCGAUGUUUCUGUUGGGUGUAGCCGUCCCGUGGUGUAGUCCAGUGUCUUUCCGCGCUCUACUGCUCGUGCAACCGUUUACUCCCGACUUGGAAUUGAGUCAACUAAAUGGGACAUUGUUCCCGAGAAAGUCUUCGCAAAUGCCUACUCUCUGUUCCCGACUAAUAGCACUCUGGAGGCAUAUCAGUAAAAGUCGGACGCACUUUGAAACUGAACCAGACACAGGAUUCAUCGGCAAAGGCAUGACCAGACAUUUAAAUAGGCUAUGGAACUACGGUGCCAAGGGCCUAUUAGGCACACUCAUCAUCCUGUUCAUAUUUCCCGUGGUGUGCGUCCUGGCGAGCGUCAGUUCGCUGAUUGUCGCUCUCACUGCGGUCUUAUGGAUGCCUCUGGUCACGUUGACGCUACAUGCGUUCAUGGCGCUCAUAAUGGAUCUGGAUAGUCCUGAGCCGAGCCGCAAUCGAUACUUCGUGGUGAUGGAAGCGUUGGCCUGGAACAUCGGUGUUCAGGGCUGUCUGCAACCGAUAGCAGCGUUAUUCGUAGCCUUUGUCCUGUGCCCGGUCAUCUCAUUCGUGAUACUUACAAUUGCUGUGAUACGUUACUGGGUCAGGGUGUUCUGGGAUACGGUUAUGUUCCAUCUAGUGAUCAAAAAUAGAGGUCGAAUACCAGCAAGUGACAGUUUCGUCGUAAAGAGAAUAGCUGGACCAGGACUAGCUUCGGAUUACUAUUAUCAAAUAAGAGCGGAGCAAGCAUUGGCUGCGUUUGAAGCGAAAUUAGAGCUGGACGAAUUACUGGCUUUCCAGCAAGAGACCGAGAGACUAAUCACUCAACCGCAGAGAGAUUUUACUCAAUUUGUCGAGGCCUGUUUCGGCCCGUUCGCCGCUAGUCUCGCCAAGACAAAGGAUCCGUACAAAUCGCUCGAGAAAGAAGCCAAAGAUUUAAUCGCCGUGCUGCACGAGAAGCUGGACCGACGAAGAAAGAAUUUGCAGACGGGUCUCGGCGUCGCGGUGAGGAGUAAGAUAAAAUUAACAACUUUCGACUUAAAGGUAGUCAUACAGCAAGGCGCACUAAUGCUGGAACGUCUCUAUCCUACUCAUGUUUUCGCGAGAUUGCCUGGGAAUGAGGAGGAUUUCUGGGAGAACAAAGGUUUAGGGGUAUGCGACUGGGCGGGACUGGCAGGGCUUAUGUAUGCCGAUAUUUUCAGUCUGGAUUUCCUACAACCGCUCGACGAUUCCGACACGAAAUUUAGAUUGGAGCCACAUCCAGGAGUUGAUCUAUCACGGUAUACGGACAUGGUGCACAGCACCGAACUCGGUGGCAUUAACGGGCCCGAUUUACUCGGUGCCGUUUACGCGCCACGCGGGAAUAUCCAAGUGCAUAGCCCGUAUCUCGAGGUGUCCGCCUUUAAUCCGAGAGCCAAGCAAGCCAGCAACAGCAGAAAGUCCGACAAGCGAUGCGACACCAGCGGCCUGUUGACGUCGACGAAAAUCCGGAGGCGCACGAUGACGAGCGAGAACAACUCGGAGGGACGGUGGCAGCCGUGGAAACGCCAGAUUCAUCCGUACAGCGCAGAGAAACUGGUGAUCCCUCUGCCGAUUCCGCAUCCUGCUCACAUAGCGGUGACGAUACACAAUCGCGACUCGGAGGACCCGAUACCGCUCGACUCGGAACUGUGUCAAAAUAUCCUGCGAGCCAUCGAGGAGUCGCCCGGUGAGAUGGCGACGGAAUACGUGAGCCGGUACAGAGGCGGCGGCUGCGGCGGCGACUCCAGCUUCGACUCCGUCGCGUCGCAAUCGUCGGUCUCGAUCGACACCGGCCUGGACAAGGAGAACGAGACGACGCAGGAGACCGCCGCGACGAACGCCGAGAAAGACGGCGAGACCUACCACUGGACGCUGUCGAAUUGGGGCGGUGGCAUGACGCGAAGGCGGAACAAUUCCGGAUCCAUAAAGGUCGACCUAGCGUCACCGGAGGACGUCACCCUCGACACAGAUACCACCAGAGUGAUGUUCAGCACGUACGGAACAACCGUCUAAAUUAAGACCGCCGUUACACGCGCCGAAUAAAAACGGUUAUCUCGUCUUCGCAUUUUAUAGAUGACGUUAAAAAAGAAAAGGUAAUGAAAAUGAGACGGAAAAAAAAAUGAAGAGCUCCGCAACUUUAGCGAACCCGAUCUUAGAGAACAGCCUUUGCCAUCCAAGAUUACGCGAGGCAAUAUUAAAUAUUCGCAUUAUUCGCUCUCAGCUAGAAGUAAUCGCGGAGAUCAAUCAGUAUACAGAUUAAGCCGUUUGCCGACGAAUUCACGAUUCCGAUCAAAAGUGUGUAAAUUCAAAGAGUUCGAGGAUAGGGAGGAAAGCGCAUUUACGGAUUCAAUUACCGUAUAGGUAUGUACGUGUAAUCGAGAUAAUUCCCAGUGAAUUACAAUUAUUUAUAUCGUCACGAAAUUUAAUCGCGCGCGAAUCUCUUAUUAUAUUUAAAUUUUAUCUGAGAGUCCGUUAGGCAGAUAUUACUCGCCGAAGUUAUCCCUGCGAUAUUGAGAAGUUCGGAACUUUGAUUAUCGGACGAAUACCGGUUUAACGAGGAAUAUCGCGCGAUCGUUGCGAGAUUCCGAAAUUACAUUAUGAGAUUUUUAAGAGUAUUAUAUAAGAGAGGAUUAUAUAUAUAGGUAUAUAUAGAGAGAAAAGAGAAAUCACAGGAUAUUCCAGAUCUUAGCGCAGCAGGCAGAAUUAGACGAGGUCUCUCCCUUUAAUAUUACGUUAAUUAAACAAAUGCGACAUUCAUAUUGACAUACUGUAUAUAGAUAGCUAAUUGUAUAAAAAUAAAACUUGUUAACAUAAUAUUA